AAUGCUAACGUUAACGUCCUGGGUACCUUUGAGCUGCCAUCACCACCAACUUGAAGCCCACCUACGGUUUAUGCCCCAUUGAGCUAUUCCUCACCAGCUACUCUACUCGACGACGAAACAUUAUCUGCAAACCACCAAAACUCAAGUCGACCCCCUCUAAUUAUUACGGUUCAUACCAAGUCUCGUCUCGUCGUCUUCGUUUUCUUUUUUAUUUCUUAAUAGCACACACACAUUCGACGCCAUGUCGUCACCCUUCUCUAUAAACGGCGGCGCCUGCGUAGCCAUGGUAGGCAAGGACUGCGUAGCCAUAGCCUGCGACCUGCGCCUGGGCCUGCAAGCGCUCACGGUGUCGAACAACUUCCCCAAGAUCUUCCAGUACGGCGACGUGUUCCUGGGGCUGACCGGCCUCGCGACGGACGUGUCGACGGUGUCGGACCUGUUCCGCUACAAGGUCAACAUGUACCGCCUGCGCGAGGAACGCAACAUCGCCCCGACCACCUUCGCCAACCUCGUCUCCUCCUCCCUCUACGAGCGCCGCUUCGGCCCCUACUUCGUCAGCCCCGUCGUCGCCGGCCUCGACCCCAAGACCGCCGCCCCCUUCAUCUGCGGCUUCGACUCCAUCGGCUGCAUCGACUUCGCCAAGGACUUCAUCGUCAGCGGCACCGCCUCCGAGCAGCUCUUCGGCAUGUGCGAGAGCUUGUGGGAGCCUGACCUGGCUCCCGAAGAUCUAUUCGAGACCAUCUCCCAAGCUCUGCUCAGCGCCGUAGAUCGGGAUGCUCUGUCGGGCUGGGGUGCGCACGUGUACAUCAUCGAAAAGAACAAGGUCACCAAGCGAUUAUUGAAGGGCAGACAAGAUUAAGAAGUACCUAAACUAAGAGGCAGACCAUGGUUAGGUAGUUUGGGUGUUGUGUCAUUAUCCUAGAUCUGCUAAAUGUGUAUCGGAUAAGGUAGCUACCUAUCUAACAUAGUAAUCCGAACAAGGUGGAUUCGUCGUAUCCCCUGUUAACUUCAAGAAAAUACCUAAGGUAUAUGGAAACUAGAAAAAUACAUACAUCUGCGGGAGUAGAGCCAAUAGGACACGGUGAACAGAGGCAGGCAGGCAUACGAUAACAAUGCUAAAUGGCCCCUUAAUAUACGAAUAUCAAGGGCAGUAACCUUGCUUAAGGCGGCGAAUGUCACAAUGAAAAAUCUCACACGACACUGUCCUUCCUCGUUCCAUUCGUCUCAUAUAUGCACUGCAUUUCUUACACAUUUCUAUAUUGCGCAGUUUUUAUACGCCUAAUGCAGUAUGGCACGUCUACUCUAGUCUAUGUAGAACUCGGAUCUAUAUCUGCCUAUGCCUCCUUAGCCUUCGCAACUUCAUCCGUCGUCUUCUGAAUGAAGAACUGCCUCUCGAUGGCCUUGAGAAUUUCAUCGAUGACACUAUUACAAGUUAGUAUCUUCUGUAACAAAUGAAAUACAGUAAAAUGUGCUCAACUUACAUAACUGGCGCGCUGAUGAUAAG